AUGAUGUCAAAAACUCCGGCCAAAAAGAGAAGAAAGCCUUUAUUCCGGACAGAAUCAGAGGUAUGCAUAGUAGAACUUCAGUACAUCACUGAUAGCUACAUCAGACACUCUCAGGAGUGUGUGGAAGACGGCGAGAGUCAGUCGACUGGUCUUGCUGGGCAGCCAACAUCAGGAAACAUCCUCAGAAAACGACGACAACGACGUGCAACCAACUUCAGUCAUCCACUUACUCCUGCUCGCUGCAGUGAAGAAGAAGAAGAAAAUCUUGGAGGAGAUAAAAAGGAAGAAGAAAGAAAGAAACCCACUAGUCAAGAUGGAUUAAUUGGAGGGGCCGGGGACCUCCUAGAAGAUGGGGGGUCGUGGAAUGCAGGGGGGCUGGAGGGAGAAGAGGAAGACUUACUGAGAGGACUGUGUCCAGAGGACCUCAGUUUCUCUCUCAACACCUCUAACUGUCCCCAGACCAUUCCAGUCAGUCCCAGUUCCAUACCAGGAGAUGGUGGCACAGAACGUGGACAAGAUUCCGGGCACAUUCCUCAUUCCCCGGUCUGUGUGAAGAUGGGAGAAAAGAGAGUGGAGGAGGGAGAUAGCAGUCUCUUUGGUCUGCCACCACUGGUCAAGUCUCUACUGAAGGAACACAGAGGGAUCUGUCAGCUCUAUGGUAACAAUUAUCAUUUGGAAUUAGCUCCAUUGAUUGUAGUCAGUCGAGCAGAUGUCAAUUUGUUUCCUUACAGGUCAUGUCACUGA